AGUCCCAGCCCAGCAGGUCUCGCAACUCCCGGACCUCGGAGAUCCGGACGCACGGUCGGGCGCGGCCCAGGUCCAAGCAGCUGGGCUUCUCAGCCUCUGAGUGGCCAUGUCCUACCCCAGUGCACCCCCUCCAUACGAGGACCGCAACCCCCUAUACCCAGGAGCCCCGACCCCUGGGGGCUAUGGACAGCCAGGCGGGUAUCCCCCCUACCCUGCCUACCCGCAGCCGGGCUACGGGCACCCUGCUGGCUACCCCCAACCUGUGCCACCCAUCCACCCGAUGCCCAUGAACUACGGCCCAGGGGAGGGCUAUGGCGGGGAGGAGAGAGCCGUGAGUGACAACUUUGGUCCUGGAGAAUGGGAUGACAUGAAAGUCCGACACACCUUCAUCCGAAAGGUCUACACCAUCAUCUCCAUCCAGCUGCUCAUCACAGUGGCCAUCAUCGCUGUCUUCGUCUUCGUGGAACCAGUUGGGGAAUUCGUGAAGAAAAAUGUGGCUGUGUACUACGCAUCCUAUGCUGUCUUCCUGGCCACCUACCUGACUCUUAUCUGCUGCCAGGGACCCAGGCGCCGUUUCCCGUGGAACAUCAUCUUGCUGACCCUCUUUACUCUUGCUCUGGGCUACAUGACAGGCGCCAUCUCCAGUAUGUAUAGCAUCAAGGCGGUCAUGAUUGCCAUGAUGAUCACAGCUGUGGUGUCCAUAUCUGUCACCAUCUUCUGUAUUCAGACCAAGGUGGAUUUCACCUCGUGCACAGGCCUCUUCUGUGUGCUGGGCAUCGUGCUGAUGGUUACGGGGAUCGUCACUGCCAUCGUGCUGUCCUUCAAAUAUGUUUACUGGCUCCACAUGCUCUAUGCCGCCCUGGGGGCCAUCAUUUUCACUCUGUUCCUGGCUUAUGACACGCAGUUGGUUCUGGGCAACCGGAAGCAUACCAUCAGCCCGGAGGACUACAUCACGGGCGCCCUGCAGAUCUACACUGACAUCAUCUACAUCUUCACCUUUGUGCUGCAGCUGAUGAGGACCUGUGAUUGAGGGGCUCUGCCCCCACCCCCGGGCCCCUGCUUCCUAGGCGGAUUGGGUCCUAUGACCAGGGUCUGUGCCUCAGACUCUUUUCUGCCCCUUCAGUCUUAUGCCCGGUUUCCUGUGUGCCCUGGGGGUGGGGCUCUCUGGUUGUGGACCUUGGAAGCACCUGCUGCUGGUCCUGGAAGAACUGGGGACCGACUCUUAUUCUGGUUGGCUUGGCAAGGAUUGGACAUGAAUGGCUCCCUCCUCUGGUUGCUAGAGGACAGAGAGGGAGGGGUGGAAGGCGCUCCUUCACAAGGUGGAGAGGGAAGGGGGAAGGCUUCCAGAUGAGGCGGUUUCCCUCUAUGCAUUGCAGGCUUCUAGGCUAGGGAGCUGUCACUUCCCCCAGCCCCACAAAGCCAGGGCCGACAGACCACCAGUCUCAGCUCUUUUCUCACCCAUGGCGCCAGGGCCUCCCUGCUUCAACACCUCCUUCUUUCAUUCUGUGUAUAUACACUUACCCGGGUGGAUGAGUUAGCCAGCGGAUCAGAAACCUGGGCUCCCUCAGAGUUUGGGCGGCAGAGAAGCGGCCCAAUUCUGGCUACCUGGUCCCCAUUCUCCAGAGGUGUGGAAGCACCUCUCACUUGCUGUGUGAAGGCUAUUCACAGCAGAAGUAAGGGGGCAGAGAUCAGGAGAUGGGGUGGGCAGGAAGUAAGAGGGUGAAGAGAAAUGAGAGAGUGGGGACAGAGAGAAUGCUUUACCUCCCCACCCUCCCCCUGAGCAGUAUCUAAGGCUUACUGUGGCUCCCACAGAGAUGGCUGCGGUCUUUUCCCUGUAACCCUGGGAGGGCCCUUCCUACUCACAUGGGGUACUUCAAACCUGCACACCGCACCCCGGCAAAGCCCCAUUUUGUUAACACCAAGUGCCUUGCUGGAAGGGCAGCAGGACUCAUCACUCAGAAUGGGUAGGGUGGAGGCCGCAUCAGCACAAAGGUCUAACUUGGACGCCUUUCUCUAUUAUGGACCUGGCCCUGAAUAUGUCACACAGGAAAGGAUGCAAGCAGAAAUGUAAUAAACUUUCAUGUCUACAAGUUCAAA